AUGCCUGGUUGUACCAUCGUUAAACCCCUCGACACUAUUUGGAUCAGUGCCCCUGACAAGGUACGUUCAUUUGCGGUCGCGGUCAACGGACUGUGCUUAGGUUUUCAGUCGAUCAAUGCAUCCUACUUGCCCCUCGGUGCUACUCAAACGAGUGUAUGGGUGGAAGACAAGUACGGAGUACCACGGGACUUGUCCAUAGGUUACGACAAUACGUCGACCUAUUUGGACCCACCUUCGCGUUUACCUCCCAGGUACUUUGGUCCUAUUGUGGGCCGUUACGCAAACCGAAUCAAGAAUGGGACGUUUGAACUUGACAACGUGACGUAUUCCAUUGACAAGAACGAACACGAUGGUCUUAAUACAUUGCAUGGUGGAUCGGUUGGAUGGGACUUCCGGCCGUGGUCUGUCGUCGACUGGAGUGAAUCCAGCGUUACCUUCUACCUACAAGAUGUUGGGGGAAGCAUGGAAUUUCCUGCUACGGUAGAAGCAUACGUCACCUACACGCUGUAUAACGACGCAGUCUUGACAAUUGAGAUCAAUGCUACUGCUGAUAACGAGACACCCAUCAUGCUCUCGUCUCAUGAUUGGUGGAAUCUGGAUGGUUAUUAUGCAUAUGAUGGCCAAAACUCGUCCAUCCUGAAUCACACAGUCUACACCCCGGAUGUAACAAGCUACGUGGCUACAGACGGCAUUCUGAUUCCCACCGGAGAGCUGCCAGGCGUCGAGGGCACGCCGCUCGACUUCCGGACCGCUCGCACCAUCGGGAGCGAACUCGACGAGACUGUCGAUAUCUGCGGCACAGGCUGCACAGGUUAUGACACCUGCUUCGUGCGCGACCACAAUGGUACCGAGAGCACGCUGGCACUCGAGCUGUACAGUCCUGCAUCUGGGAUCAAGCUCAGUGUGAGCUCAGCACAGCACGCCAUCCAGUUGUUCACCUGCGACGCCUUUGACGGCUCGAUUCCCGCCAAAGCAUCGCAGGGCGGGCUUGACGGUGUCGUUUACAGCCAGUAUAGCUGCACCGUGAUUGAGAUGGAGGACGUGGUCGACGCGCUCAACAAUCCAGAGUGGGGCAUUGACGCUAUUUACGGACCUGACCGACCUUAUGCAUGGUCAGCAACAUACAACUUCACCAUUGUCUGAGAAUGUACCGUAUUGUGGUCGACACGACGCGUGCUACGCUGCAGUAUACCCAUUCGGAAGGCCUCGUGUCACAGCGAUCUCUUGUGGCGACCCUAUCCAAGUUGCUGAUGCAUUUCCGCCUCAGGCGGUAGAGAGCGAACAUAAGUAUAUUAUGUCAGGAAAACAAUCACAACAAUGGCAACAACGAUAACGCUACAGCAAAAAGGUGCCAUACUAUAAGUACAAUCGUACAACCGCA